CAGAUCCUGGGUGGAAGUAGUGUUUUGAACAUACAGUAGUAGUGAUGCCCACAGGUACACUGGCUCUCUGCAAACACUGAUCUCAGCAUGCCUCUGCCAAGACGUAGGUCUUCUUUCCUUGGCCAACAGGUCCAGGCCCCCCAAGCUGAUUGCCCCACUGGGGGAAGCCGGAGGGUCAGCAUUGGGACAAGCAGUGGGGGCUAUUUCCGGGCUCCAGGGGUCUAUGUGGGGAUGGUGCCCAUCGGUGGAGCCAGCAGCCUGGGCACCCGGGUGUCCCGUCGAGCCCUGGGCAUCAGCAGCGUUUUCAUGCAGGGCCUUCGCAGCACCAACCCGGUCAUCAUGACUCAAGGGUUGGAGAGGAGCUGCAGCCCCACCUUUGAGAGCCUCAAUGGUUGCCUGCUCGAAUACAUGGAGAAGGUGCGGGCUCUGGAGCAGGUGAACCGGGAGCUGGAGGAGCAGAUCAGGGUCUACCUGGACAAGAAAGCUUCCAGUGCUGGCAGCUGGGGAACACUGAGGCAAGACUGGGACGACAUCUACAGACAAGUGAGUGAUUCAAUCCUGGAUAAUGCUCGCCUCAUGCUUCAGACAGAGAAUGUUCAAGCCAGUGCAGAGGAUUUUAAAGACAGAUAUGAGAAUGAACAGCCUUUCCGCAGAGCCGUGGAAGAUGAAAUUAACUCCUUGUAUAAAGUGAUUGAUGAUGCUCAUUUAACUAAAAUGGAUCUGGAAAGUCAGAUAGAGAACAUGAGGGAGGAACUUGAUGCUCUGACAAAGGGCCAUGAAAAGGAUGUGAAAGUGCUUUUUAACCAGCUUGCUGGUAGCCAGCUGGAUGAAGCAGAUGCUCCAAUUGAGACAAGUCUGGACCAUAUCCUGGAAUACAUAAGAGCUCACUGGGAGAAAGCUAUAGAACGGAACCGGACAGAAACUGAUGCUUAUCUGGAAUAUAAUCAGCAGUCUGAGAGUGUUAAUGCCAAGCUGAGCCAGAAAGAGGAAGAAGUGGAGUCACUAAGGACGGAGUGCAAUGAUAUUGGAUGCAAGAUUCAGAGCCUGCAAGCAGAAACAGAGUCCAUGAGAGCACUGAAACGGGGGAUGGAGAAUUCCUUAUAUGAUGCUAAGCACUGGCAUGAUAUUGAACUGCAGAAUUUGGGCUCUGUAAUUUCUAAGCUGGAAGCAGAGCUGAGUGAAAUCCGAGGAGAAGUGGAUCAGCAGAAGAAAGACUAUGAAACCUUGCUGAGUAACAGAAUGAAACUAGAAUUGGAGAUCGGCUCUUACCAUGGCAUCUUAGAUGGAGAGGAAAGCAGGUACCAUCCACAUAAGUUAGUCCAUGGAGACCCAGCAGAUAGUAAAGGCCAGCCUGCUAGCCACGAUUCAGAAACACAAGACCCGGAACCUUCCACAACAGGUUUUUCUACAAGUCAAAAAUAGAAGAUGCAAUAACAAGACAUGAUGUAAUAUGAAUCUGUAAGAAGGAGUUGACAUAUUUCUAAGGAGGGCUGAUUGUUGUGGUUGAUAUAGCAUUUCAAAUUUGAAGAUAUUCAGUUGCUUUUAAGGCUGUGACAUUUGAUAUCUAGGUGUGGCUGUACCUAUCUUAAUCUGCAUUUUGUGACCAUUUAAAAUAACUGAA